AUGUUCACCGUGAGAGGAGUUCUGCUGCUGCUGCUUCCUGUGGUUAUUUUGAUCACAUUCAUUCUGCACAAAUACAGCGAAUCACUGACGGAUGAAUUACAACACAUUUUAUCCAAAAGCUUAGACGAGUCCAGUGCGAACCCCGCAGUUAAUUUAUGUCCGAUGCCGAUAACCUGUCCUGAGAAGCACUUCAGCUUCUUCAUCCAGAGCGGAGCCGCCGGCGCCGUGGCUCCAAGGAUCUGCUUCCAGGCCCAGAUGGUUCUUGGGACAGCGAUGAAAAAUGCUGGAUUUGGAAUAAACAUAGUUAUAAUAAAUGGUAAAACCGGAGAAGUGGUAACGACGGGUGACUUUGACAUGUGGGGCGGGGACGUGAAAGAGCUCAUCACGUUCCUGAAAAGCAUCGAGACCGGCAGCAUUGUGCUGAUGGCCACUUAUGACGAUUCUGCGACAAAGUUAAAUGACGAAGGCAGGAAGCUGAUCACUGAACUGGGAAGUUCUAUGAUCCAGUCUCUGGGCUUCAGAGACAACUGGGUGUUUGUUGGCGGGAAAGGAGCCGAUGUGACGAGCCACUUAGAGAAGUUCAAGAAGAGUGACAGAGCAGUGAAUCUAUAUGAAGGCUGGCCCGAGCUGAUAGUUCUGGAGGGAUGCAUCCCCAUGCUGCGGGAGUGAGCAGCCGCUUCUCAAACAGACCAAGUGACGCAACAGCUGAUAUUUAGUAGUUUAAGGACUUUGUAGGAAUCUGUCAGCAGCUGGUGUGUAAACCAGCCCAGUGAGUCCAGUGGGAUCCUCCUCACGUCUGUGCACCAGUGAGGAAAUCUCCCCUGAAUCCUCUGUUUUCAAUCUGCAUCAACUGCUCCAGUCGGACGGAUGGUGGUCCUCACGCAGACCAGCGCUGGGACCAGCUCCUCUGUGUCAAACAUGUUAAAGUCGUCAAGUAGAUGUUGAUCUGCGAGACUGGGGACUGGGGACAUUUUAUACAAUUAAUGGGGACAUCACCCAAAAGGACAAACUUGGACCUAAUUCAUCCUUUUCUCACCUGCUGCCUCCGGGACUCUCCAUGUCUCCACCCUCUGCUUCUGGAGCUUUUCUCUCCUCACUCGUCAGAGCAGCUCAUUGUGGGAACUGAUGGUUUCUCUAUACAUUUACGGUGUGGAUUUUCCAUUUUUGAUUUGGCUUUUGAAAUGUAAAUGAAUUGAAUUGUGUGUGAAGCUUUGUAACCUUGUCUAGA